AUAUCCCGCUACGGCUCUACCGAAACAAACUACGAUGGGAUGAGCCCUAUAAGGGCUAUAACCAAAAACAAAUUAGAUGCAGCAGAAUGAGUAAUAGCAGUUGACGAGUGGAGUGAGAAAGAAUGGUGGGUGCAUUUCAAAUGCCAAGAAUAAUGCUUGUAGCGAUAUCAGCUUCUUCUUCUUCAAGUUCAACAUCUGGAAACUCAGACGAUUUUCUUCUUCGAAAAUCACAAUCUAGCUCUGCAAACCCCCAUCUUCUUUCCAUCCCCAAACCUUCCCUCAUCGUCCGCACCCAGUCGAAUGUUCGGAUAGAGAAAAGAAGAAAACCGGAGCCGUCGUGUGUUGUUUGUGGUGGAAGUGGAAGAGUUGGUUGUAAUCAAUGUCAUGGAAGAGGCAGGACAAACUUCACUGAUUUAAUCAUGCUUCCAAAAGGGGAAUGGCCAAAUUGGUGCAAGACAUGUGGUGGCAGUGGGCUUGGAUACUGCUCUCGUUGCCUUGGAACGGGAAAAUACAGGGAUGUAAUGGGCUUUCACUUCUUGAAAAGGGAAUCUAACCACCCUCUGAAGCCUACAAAGCAUCAGACUGAUGGAAACGCUGAGCAUCUAACUGCUGCAGAUUUGCGUUUUUCACAUACACCCUCAGAAGCAGAAUAGUAAUAUAGUGUAAAUUGCUCUAUUUGUUCGGGUGGUAAUCUCAGCUGUACAUAUAUAUACGGAGCUCAUUGUUUUAAAUCAAAAACUUUCUUAAUGCUUGUCAUCUGAGAGCAAUAUAUACAUCUUGUGUAUUUUUUGUUCUCAUUCAGGGUAAUUUAAGCAAUACUCCAUAGACACCAACAGUCCUUAUAAACAUGCUCAAAGUAAUUUAAGCAUUAUACAAUUGUUGUGCACUUUGUGUAAGUUGUUUUUGAA